GUCAUUUACCACAUCAUUCACUGCAGAGCCGCGCUGUAUGUUGCCCAUGAACCUCAGCCAUGCACGAACACACGAACGGAACAUCACUUGUUGGCUCGGUGUUUGAACGGAAACCUUCUUUUGCUCUACGUAGGCCACCCCAGCUGCCAUCAUCGGGAAAGACAGGGUUUCCAGCCGCACAACAUCGCUCGAAAAGUGCUUUUGCACGGCAACGAGAUGAAGAACGCAAGACGGGGAAUACUAGACUACGUGGUGUCCCUCCAGUUGUUCCAAUUCCCAGAGUUCAACCGUUUACACCUAAAGAUUUGGUGACCCAUGGACGUCAAGAAGAAUCUGUGGCUGAUUGGCGGGCAGAAAUCAGCCGACAGAAUGAACUGCAGGUGCAGAGCAUGAACGCAGAGGAAAGAGAGCGCGAGCGGAACGAGAUAUAUGAAAGAUUUGGGGCAGACAUCGGUGACAUUUUGCGGAGAGCGAGGGAGGCACGCGAAAGACAGGCGGAGAGAGACUCUGAAGAAAUGAAGCGUAAACAGCCUGAAGGCGAAUCCGUUACCGCCGGUGGCAAUGGCGAAUUGCAGGAGUCAGACCUGUUUACCAACUCAAGGCGAAAUUUAGAAAAAGGUUUUCCUGAAGUUCCAAUAACAUCUGAAAAGCCUGUCAGUCGUUCAGUUUCCCCUCCGUUGGCAUCAUUUCCUCCUCCCUCUCUCUCUGCGAGUGCGACGCGUCCAUCAACGCCCAACAGAGCUCUGCGGAAGAUAAGGUUUGCCGAAUUGUCGCCAACCGACGUACAUGUCUAUGAGUCAGCACCACCUUCUCCUCGCAAGAAGACCAUGCUAGCUUUGCCCCCGCCACCCCUUGCAGGAACAGAUGAGGAUAUUGUUUCUUUAGGAACGUAUCCUACUUCCGGCAUGACAUCUGCAGAGGAUCCUGAAGAAGGCAGUCCAGAGUAUAUUCGUCGGAAAUAUUUCCCCUCUGCUCCGUUCUUCAAUCCCGAUCUAGCGUGGAUGAAGCCAUCCACAUCGGAUGACCAGUUGGACGAAUCUUCACCACUUGACAAACUACGGUUUGAUCUCUCGGGCAAUCCGAUUCCAUCGUCUAUCAGUUUAGCUCUUCCUACGCAUUUGGGUUUGCAUCACCAUGCUGAGGGAUCGCACGCUGGAUAUACUCUUGAUGAUAUAUUCUUUCUGACGAGGUCCAGUGUUGCUGCUCAGAGGGCGGCCAUGCUGGGCGUUUUGAAUGGCGUAGUACGAUGGUUAAGGGAUUGUAUCAGAGGCCGAAAUUCAUCGACAGAUGAUCUAGUGCUGAAUGACCUAUCUGCCAAGUCUGCUACGCUCCUCAAGCGUAUCUUGUUUGCCGGUCUGGAGGUCUUACCUGAGCAGGGAAGUGUUGGAGCACGAGGUAUUGCAGUUGUCUGGCAAUGUCUUGUUGGCUGGGAGGCUCAAGAGAUUGAUGACCUACAGGUUGACUUGAAUGACGUAGAAGCUGCCUUUGGGGAGGUCGAACUCAACACAUCAGUCGAUGUCUCUACCGCCACCACCAUUACUCCGCCUCCGUCUAUAUCUACCUUAAUCGAUGCUCUACCUCUUCCUGAGAUGCUCUCGCAGUUAGCUCCCUUACUCUCAUCUCCGCCCGAUUUCAACUCUGUUGAAUCCUCCCCUACUCCUAAUCAACUCCAGCUCCUCGCUAUCGUUCACCGGAUUUCCAAGCAUUCCAGCAUUGCGGCCGAAAAGAUUGUCCAGACGUCCAACCUUGUUGCCAGUAUUGUCAAUGUCUUCCUGCUCUCCCCUAGCGCACCACAUCCUUCCGCUAUCCACUGCCUCAUCACUCUCGUUAGUGCUUCGCGACAGAACGCCAAAGCGCUUUGUGAUCCGGCGGAUGCGAUGCUCAAGUUCGUCGCAAGCACCAUACCUUCCAUUGAUGGAACCAUGCAAUAUCCUGCCGAGUUGGCCCAUGAGCUCUUGGUGUCCACCAUCCGGUUGUACACCUGUCUGGGACGGUACGGGAUGUAUUCUCAUACCGCGACAGACGCACAAGAGCUGUGGAUGCGUCUUGCUGUCUAUGUGGCGAAUACAGGGGGGAAUUUAGCACAGCCAUGGGCUGAAUUGAUAGGGACGUGGAUAAUUUGCGCGACAGAUCCUCACAGAACAUCUCCAAGUCAUGACAUAUUGUGGAGUCAGGUUGUUGCGUGGGGAUGGGCCGAGGACAUGUUGGCAUUGAAGGCCUGUGACCGAUUACUGGGAGAUAAGGGCUCGCUGAGGCAGGUAAUGGAUACACAAGGUGCUAUCUGGAGAUGUAUCAGUGCAUGGCUGGAGGGCUCCCGAAUCAAUAGUACUCGGGGCGGCCAAGCGGAACGGGAAGCGGCUUUAGCUGUCUUACAAUCCGGUUUUGAAAGCGAGGCAGGCCUGGCCAGACAGAUCACCUUGGCCGCCGUAGAGGGCCUCAAGGCUGAUCUACAGGAUCUGAAAUCAACAGAAGCUCAGUCACCGUGGCUACCGACUUUGUUGAGCGCAGGGAGGUGCGCCAGUACGCUGACAGCUGUGAUACGGUUAUGGUUGGCGUGCAUACCUUCAUCGAACGGCCCAUCAGAGUCGCCACCAUUUCAUCUCCCUUUCUCUAGGAUAUCGCAGCUAUGCGCCCUGUUGGUUUCGCAUCCGGUCUGGAGUUACCUUUCCAAAUCUGAACGCCGUGGAUUAGCCGGUGCAUAUACGAGAGUGAUGUGUCGGCCUCUUGCAUCUCUCCUCUACUAUUAUCUCCGCUUGUCGAGAAAGCUUCCCGGAAGUUCAGAUGAUCUGUGGAUGGCACAAGCUUUUGCUAUCAUCCUUAGAUUUUCUCCUGGGGAUGAAGACUAUGCACUUGCGAUCAUGGACAACCUUCUCGGGAUGAUUACGGGUGGUUGGGCCAAGCAGCGGCAGCUCAAGAUCCCGGACAUCAUUUGGGAACGGGGCGGGAUGGAUGCAAUCAGACCCAUAUUACAUCACGUUAUUCAGUCGAGAGACGAUGUCCAGAUUGCGCCCACAAGUCCUACGCCCAGAUCCAUCUUGCUCUCAACGUCUCAGAGACUGCUGACCUCCGUGCUCAUCACAACAGAUUGGGAUCCCGUUGGACUUCCGUUAAAGGGAGAUUGGGCUUUGACGCCGAUUGACCAUGUUCUGCGUUCUGGGCACGAGUUAUCUGUAUUCCAGCGUAAAGGCGCGUUCCCUUCAUCCUGGGACACAUCGGAGACGGAGAUAGUGCGUGCAUCUCUUCUUCUGGCACAGCUUGGACGAGAGGCUGUGCUGAGAUUUGCUUGCGGCCUAGCAGACGUCACGUUAUCUGUACCGGAAGCUGUUUUCGGAUGUAUGAAAGUCUUCAUGCUGGAGCACGAACAGGAUCAUAAUAAGGGUCUAGAUGAGGUAUUCCGUGAUCCAGCUGUGGGGUAUCUGAUGAAUGAGUUGGUUUCUCCAUAUACAGUGGGCAUGCAACCGAAAGUCAAGUCGACUCGACAAGACGAUUUGGAGGCGGUCGCUGCAAGAUUCCUUGGGGCUGGUACACCCUUUUACCAGUAUUACACAGAUUUUGUGGCACUGUAUGAUUCGAUUUCUUUUGCCCAUCCGUUAUUCGCUCGACUUCUUCUACCUCCAACGUCGAUGAAUUACGCUGUGGAUUAUCGGAAACAUCUCUGGCUGGAUUAUGGGCAUCUCAUCAAGAGCAUUCAUGUACUUCUCAAUGAAGUCAUUUCCCAGGAUAUUCGAGAGUAUCUCUAUCCCGUUGAGCACAGUUCUGAGAUGAUAGGUGCUUAUGUUCGUGCACUUGUGACGAUAGGCCCUUCGAUGGACGGAUUUGUCCGCUUCAUCGCGGUUCAUCACGUCGCGUGUAAUAUCUGGUCGGACUUGGUGGUGUCACCCGGAGAGGACGCGUCGGCGAAGAAGCUAUUUGGGCUUCUCAUUGCGCAGGGAAGUAAAGACAUCCUGACCGAUAUCCUAACAUACAAGCAGGUGUCCGAUGGGCCUGUUUUGUUGGCUCCACAUUGUUUCGGAUGUGGGGACGAAGUGAAGGGAAAACGAGCGGAAUAUAUAUUGCGUUGGACAGACCAGGCUGUUUUAGAGAAGAUGUUAGCAUUAUUUUAGUUUGCUGUAGUUCUUCAUAAUACUUAAUAUAAUGCGUAUAUACUUAUCUUGCGAUCGG